AGCGGGCGCAGCGGCACAACCACCGAGCCGGAGUGGAUUAAAACGGCAUGCUUGUGCUAGAGAAGCACUUGACAAACGACUGUGUUACCAAAUAAGAAAUCCCGGUGUGUAAUAGGGAGUCUGUUAUACCAGUUUGCUGCUGAGAAACAGCAAGGGGAGGCUUUUGGGAAACUCAGCCGUGCAUUGUAUCAGGCAGGCAGAGCUCGGCGGGAAUGGCUUCAUCUCCGUGCGGCAACAGUAACUUUGAUUCCGGUCUGGAAAUCAAAACUCGCUCGGUGGAGCAGACGCUUAUUCCUUUAGUAUCGCAGAUCACCACUCUGAUUAACCACAAAGACAAGCCAAAGAAGUCGGAGCGCACCCUGGCUGCCAUCCACAGGGUGGGCCAGGCGGUGAGCGUGGCGGUUGGGCGUUUUGUUGCCGUCGGGGAGGCCAUCGCUGCAGAGAACCAGGAGCUGAAAGAGGAGAUGGGGCAAGCCUGCUUCGAGGCACGCAGAGCAGGUGAUGCUAUAGCCCAGCUGACAGAUGUGGGCACGGUUGUGCCAGCCCAGUCAGACGGACGCGUCACGGUGUUCAGUGAUAGGACAGGCAUGGUGAAGGCUGCCCGCCUGCUGCUCUCCUCAGUCACUAAGGUCUUGGUUCUGGCUGACCGCAUCGUCAUCAAGCAGAUAAUCACAUCACGCAACAAGGUCCUGGUCACCCUGGACCAUCUGGAGAGAGUCAGCACCUUCCAGGAGUUUGUCCAGAUUUUCAGCCAAUUUGGCAACGAGAUGGUGGAGUUUGCCCACCUCACCGGAGACAGACAGAAUGACCUGAAGGAUGAGAAGAAGAAGGCCCGGAUGGCAGCAGCCAGAGCAGUGUUGGAGAAAUGCACCAUGAUGCUCCUCACAGCCUCCAAGACCUGCCUCAGGCACCCGGAUUGCGAGUCGGCACGGAUCAACAAAGACGCUGUGUUCCACCGGAUGCGCUGUGCCUUGGAGCAGGUCAUUGAGAUAGUCACUGAGGCACGGAGCUGUGGUGAGAACAAGAUCCUUCCUGCCAGCAUCUACAAUGGCAUCAAGGACUUCAAGUCCAGUGUGGAGGCUCUGCGGGAGAACCUGUACUCCCUGCCCCCCCAGAGCGUGGGCAGUCAGCUGGAGGCGCUGGUGGAGCGGACAGAGGAUUUCACCGACUCAGCCUACACCAGCCAUGAGCAGCGGCAGGCCAUCCUGGGCCUGUGCCAGCUGGCGCGCCAGGACACCCAGCAGCUGGUGCAGGCCUGGAUGGAGGCACAGUCUGUCCAUGCCAAAGAGGCGACAGAGGAGAUAGAGGUGGGCAUCCUCAAGACAUGCCAGAGUGUCAGCGACCUCAGACGUGAGCUCCACAAGGUGGCAGUGGGUCGUGCUUCGGACUUGCUUAAGGUUCACGGGGAGCAGCUGCCCCUGCGUGCGCUCAAGGCUUCAGGCGCCGAAGGCAACCUGGAGGCAGUGGCUGAAUAUGCCCGUACGCUCACCGAGCAGAAGGAGCAGCUGGUGGAGACGUGUCGGCUGCUGUGCCACGUGUCGGGGACGGAGCCACUGGAGAUCACCUGCAUACACGCCGAGGAGACUUUCCACGUCAUUGGUCCACAGAUCAUUUCAGCAGCCCAGACGCUGGCCCUCCACCCAUCGAGCAAGAUUGCAAAGGAGAACCUGGAGGUGUUCUGCGAGGCCUGGGACUCCCAGCUCUGCGACAUGGCCUUGCUGCUGAGAGAGAUCAACGACGUCUUCGAAGGCCGACGAGGAGACAAAAGACCUUACUUGUCACUUCCCAGACCUGGAAAACACUCAGCCAACCUAAAGACUGCCAAGGCUGUCAAGCUGGAUGCAGAGGAGCAGACGAGCAUGGCCAAGCUGGGCCUGGAAAUUCGUCUGCUGUCGUCAGAUGUGGAUGCAGAGGUGGAAAAGUGGGAGGAGCAAGAACAUGACAUCGUGCGACAGAGCCAGAGCAUGGCCAGUAUGGCCUACAACAUGUACCUGUUCACCAGAGGGGAGGGGCUACUGAAAACAACACUGGAUCUGUUUCACCAAGCUGAGGUGCUUUCUGAGGAAGGGCUCCAGCUGUGCUCAUCUCUCCGCAUUUUUUCGACUCAGCUGGUUGAUGAGGAAAAGUCUGUGGUAAUGGUAGAGGUGGAAAAACUGGCAGCACUGUGCCAGCAGCUGCAGAUGGGGGCCAAGACACCUGUUCAGGGCAAGACUGCUACCUUCCAGAAGGUGGACUCAUCCAUUCAGACCACAAGAGGCAUCUUGAGCGUGGUCCUCUCUCUCUUACCACUCUGUAACAAGCUCAACAGAAAGUAUAAGUCAGAGAGGAGCAGCCUGGGCUCCCCACAGGGCUGGAGAGAGAGGCAGGAUGCGUCCACGCCUGUCAAAGAGGACGCCGCCCUCAACGGCAAGAACAGCAAUGGCUUUGGGGUCAAGUCGUUAGAGCAGCACAUGGCCACUCUCAACCUCCUGGAGAGCAAAUAAUCCAGGGGGAAGUCACCUCCUUUGUCCUGUAUUCACCCUCUGAGCAGCACAUAGCCAACCUCACCUUUCUGGACAACAAGCAGUGCAGGAAAUAGUUACUCCCAAACAUCGUCAUGCAUCCACCACAGAGUGGGACAGAGCUAUGGAGUGAAGUUGCCUCAUUACACGCCUGCCUCGGCUCAGAGCUUGUUACUUUUGUCCCAAUGAUGAAGAAUAAGGUUUACAAAGAAAAGGCAGAUCCAAGAUCUGUGCUGGGGGCAAUUUUAGCCCAAAGUCACCCAUUACACUGAAGCACUAGUUCCACCCCAACCCACAAGAGGGAGAUAAACGGCCAACAUCAUACCUUUGCCAUAUACAGUGGAGUGAGCCACAAGGAGAAAACCACACUAACUCUGAUUUGGAACCAGUUGCAUCACUUCUCUGGCUAAUAAUCGAGUUAAGAAUCAGGAGAGGAUAAACUGAUCAGAAAUAGAAACACAAGGCAACUCCACUUUCUGAUGCUCAGCCAUGCAUCUGUUUUCACCAUGUGCCUCUGUGUAACCAGCCCAUUUGCUUUGUGGUGUGCUGUAAAUGUGUUGCACAUCUUAGCCAAAUGAGAAACUAGAGUAGAAAACACUGAAAAGCCGCCAUGCAUGAUGCCAUCAUCACCAAACCAAUGUGUUUGAGUCUCCUAUGGUCAACUGGACAUAGGAUUAUUAAUGUUAACACCAGCUUUGUAACGUUAGCUUUAGUGGUACGCCAAGUAUGUUCGCUUCUCACUUGGAUAAGUAUUUCUCAAGUCAGCCUCACUUUAUGAUUUAUAAAAUCUAAUUUCCAUAGCAUUAAUUGUGGGAUUUAACCCAUGUGCCAUUUUAGCAACAAAGUGCAAAUGUGAAAAUCACAGUUUUUGAUGCCAAAUAUGAUUUUCCUCAUGGAGAUGCCACAAACGUUUGGCUUGCUACUAGACCGAAACUCUUACUCCUCCAGCGUUCGCCCAGCGGAGAGCAUUAUUUCUCUCUGGGCCUGGUUUCUCCAAAAACUCAGCCGACAAAGAUAAGCUUAUUACCAAGAUGCUUUUUGGGAAAUCAGGACCAUACUCACUUUUUACUGUCUUGAGUAUUAUAAAAGCAUAUUAGGUGUAUAAUGUUAUACUGUUCAAUUUUAUUUCUCACAAAUCAGUGAAAGAUUAUACUGACCUGGCACCUGUGUCAAAUGAAUUGUCAGAUGGAGCCUUGAAGUGUACUUGUUAUGAAGACUAUCAUUGUGAAGCUGCCUCGUAGGCCAACAUGUAUUAAAUGGUAUAUGAUAUGUAUAAUAAGGUACUUGAAGCAUAGGUAUGUCCACAGUAUGUUUCCCAAGGUAAUAACUUUGGUACUAGGUCAGGGUGUGAUGAUGACUGAAAUGAGUAACCUACAUUAAGCUUUAGAGAUGCAUUGUACUAUAUGAGAGCAGCUAAGGAUGCUGGGAAUUGUAGUGAUGCUACAGAUGUGCGGAAAUAAUAGAUCUAGUUUUGGACCAUCUAUCCUUUUGACAGUUGAAUGGUAAAAGUGACACAAAUAAAAAUAAACAAUAUUUUUCUUAAA